AUGACUGUUGCAAUAUGGAGUAGUAUUUAUUCAUUAUGUUUACUUUUUUUAUUUGGAUGGCAAACAGGAGUCUUAUCACAAUGUAGUGAGGUAACAAUGGCUCAAGCAAACUUAAAAUGUGAAUAUUAUUGUCCUUGUGUUGGAGCAUCAACAGCUAGGACAUCUAGAAUAAUAGAAGGUUUAUUUAUUAUACAAAUUUUAUGUCUCAUUGUUUCUUUUUUUCUACUUUUUGCUUCACUAGCUUUGGUUUAUGGGAUUCAUAAUAAAUCUCGUUAUUUAAUUUGGCCAUGGUUUCCAUGUAUGAUUAGUUCUGUCCUAACAUCAACAGCCUAUUGUAUUAUAUGGUGGGUUGGUGAUGUAAGAGAUUACUGGUUAGCUAUUACAAUUUGUUUAAUUAUUCUUCAAUUCAUUAAUGCAUACUGUUUUGUUGUUAUUAUUAUAUUUUAUGGAAAAUUACAAAAGAACGGUAGUAUAAAAGAUGAUUAUAUUGGAGGACAAAUUAUGACCAAUAAUUAUUUAGGUAAUCAUGAGGAAGAGUAUGAUGAGGAAAUUAAAGAUUAUAAUAUUUCUAAAAAGGAUGUCCCAUUAAAUGAAGGUAAACAAAAUUUAAACUAUUACAAUGAUAAACAAUUUAUUGAGGAUAAUAAAAUUAAAAAAGAUAUUAUAAUGAAAAGAGAUAAAUCAUAUGAAGAAGAUAGCCCAUCAAAUAAGGUUAAAUUAACAGUUUGUUCAUGUAAGAAAUGUCGACAACAUCUAUCUGGUAAAAAAAAUUAUAAAGAUGGAAGAAGAAAAAGAAAAUAUAGUUGUUGUGAGGAUGAUGACUCAAAUAAUGGAACUGAUACAACUAUUUGUAAUAAAAAAAAAUAUAGUUAUGAUGAAAAAAGUUGUACAUGUAGAUGUAGUCAUAAAAAAUCAACAACAUGUAGUUAUUAUAAUGAUAUUAAAAGACGACAAAGAAAAAAAAAAUAUAAAAGUUAUCGUCCCCAUACUUCAACAAUAUCAAAACAUUUAAAUAGUAAUGAUGUCUCAAGGAGUAAAAAAAGUCAACAUCCAGGUGAUCUUGAUAAUGUAAUAAUACCUCAAAAUAUAUAUAUUCCAAAAACAACAGGACCUCAAUUUGAUGAACAAGGAAAUCCAAUAAAAAAUAAAUAUAUAAUAGAUUCUGAAUAUACUUUUAAUUAUUAA